AUGGGGUUCCAAGAGGACCAUUUUUGGACCAACAUUCGGAUAAUGCUUUGCGUCGCUUGCUGCGCCUUCGGGUGUUAUGCGCAGUUCGUGCUGAAAUUUCCAAAGGACAGAUUGAUGAUCGGUGUCUGUGUUGCUGGCUACUUUUUCUUUACUGGCCUCGUGACGCUGAUAGACAUGCUUGUCAUCAAGACAUCAGUCAUUUGCAUAAAGGUCAGUGGUCAGACAGUCUUUGUUGACGUGACCAUGCAGCCGUUCUCGCACGAGAUGACAAUUGGUUUGAGGAAUCAUAUUGGCUUGAAAAAGGACACGCCGAUCUCGCACAAGACCUCGGUCGGGGAAUACUUCGAUAGCGACGGCUACUUGGGCCAAGAGGAGAUCCUCGCCGCCUUCAUGAAGCUGGUCAAGCGCUUUGAAAAAGAGCACGACGGCAGAGAGGCAACGUGUGCUGAGUGCUUCCAGUGCCAGCCACUGGCCACGUUGUGGGCUGGUGGUUUUGAGGUAGUCUUCACGGCGCCAGUGCCAGAUCCACAUCGGAUCCUUGGUGUUCCCCGAGGAGCGUCCCAUGGGGAAAUCCGACAAGCUUACCUGCAGAAGGCCAAGCAGCUGCAUCCUGACACGAGUCAAGUGCCAGAUUCACACUUAGCGUUUCAGCAGCUGCAAGCAGCAUACAAGGAAUUGUCAGAUGGUCGGAGUGAGCCGUUCCGGGUACCAAGUGAGGCCUCCAGACCGACGGAAGGCUCUUCUCAUGGUUUCAAUGCCAGGCAUGGCUUUCCCGGUUCCGGGCCGUAUUACUCGCAGUACACACGUGCAUCGACGUCUCCGCCGAAGUCGACGUGGGAGUUGCUGCGGGAGGGAAGAGCUUGGAGGCGUGGCGGGCUGGUCCACCGCAGCGUGGCACGCUUCACUGUGAACCUGCUGGGAUGCUGGCCGCUUUGGCUUCUUUGCAGUGCGGCCUUCUUGGCAUCUCGUGGAAGGUCUUCCUUCGGGGGGCUCCAAUACGAUGCUGAGGGCCAGGCGUACGUCAGAAGCGGAGGGAGCUUCAGACGAGUUCCGCAAUACGAUGACAUUCCUGAUUGA